UCGUCAUCCACUGGAAAUCUGCAAAGCAAAACCCUUUUGAGAGGUGAUGGAGGAGAUAGACAGACCCACAUUGCGAGUCACCAACAUCCCCCAAACAACCGUAGCCAAAGACCUCUUAGAGUUCUUCGAAUCCACGCUCGGCCCCGCAACCGUAUUCACCGUCGAAAUCUCCACCGACCGCCACAACUGGAAGUCCCGUGGCUUCGGCAGGGUCCAGUUCGCCACUCUCGAAGCCAAGUCCCAAGCCUUCCUUCUCUCCCACCGUGACCGCCUCGUCUUCAAGUCCCAUUCCCUUAAACUCUCUCGAACCUAUGACGAUAUCAUCCCCAGGCCGAUCAGGGCUGACUACCGGCUCGAUGACGGCCUUCUCAAUGUGGGUUUUAUGGCUAACGACGAUUGCUUCCGUGUUUUGGAGCGGUGGGAGGGCGUGAGAGGUUGGAUCAUGCCUGAGAGGAGGAGACUGGAAUUUUGGGUUUGGACCGAUGCGGAGUGUUACAAGCUUGAUGUUUUGUUCGAUGAUGUUUUCGAGACUGUUGGGUGCGGCUUCAAUGGUUCUGCAUGCACUGCUCUUCUCUUGAGGGUUAGGUAUGCUCCGAGGAUAUAUCAGAAAGUAUCUGGGCCAAAUGUAGCUUCAAAAUUCAAAUCUGAUCGUUAUCAUAUAUGCAAGGAGGAUUUUGAUUUUCUUUGGGUUCGGACAACAGAUUUUUCAAGGAUAAAAUCAAUUGGACAAUCAACUUCGUUUUAUUGGGAAUUUAAUGCAGGAUUAACGGUUUCCGAUUUGUCAACAUAUUUCCCAUGUUAUAGAGAAGACAUUAAAUGUCCAUCUUUUGAGACCGGGGAGGAAGUCUCUUUGCCACCUGAAAUUGUUCCGCUUGUAAAGUUCCCAUCAGAUUCGAAGUUAGCAUAUGAAAUAAUUUUUCAGCUCAACUCCCUUGUUCAAACCCAAAAAAUCAGCAUUGCUUCAGUAGACGCUGAUCUGAUCGGUAUCCUCAGUUAUUUGCCAGUUGAAACUGCUGUAACGAUUCUGCAGCAGCUUCGCAAGCUACAGUCUCCUUGUUAUAAUCCUGUGUCAUUUGUGAAAGCAAAAUUAUCUACGGGAAAAAACUACCAAAGUCCUUUGUCUUUAUCUGAAAGGUUAAAAAAUCACAAUGUCAUGAGUUGUCAUAGAGCCCUAGUUACACCUACAAAGAUUUAUUGCUUGGGUCCUGAACUCGAAGCGGCUAAUUAUGUUGUAAAGAACUUCGCAGAGUAUGCUUCAGAUUUUAUGAGAGUCACUUUUGUUGAAGAAGAUUGGAGUAAGCUUUCUGCAAAUGCCAUUUCUACUGGCGUGCAGCUAGGUUUUUUUGCGAGACCAUUCAGAACUAAAAUAUAUGACAGGAUAUUGUCUGUUCUUCAGGAUGGAAUUGUUAUUGCAGAUAAGCGAUUUGAGUUUCUGGCAUUUUCGGCUAGUCAGCUUCGAUCAAAUUCGGUCUGGAUGUUUGCAUCUAAUGACAAGGUUAAAGCAGAAGAUAUUAGAGAAUGGAUGGGAUGCUUCAAAAAGAUACGCAGCAUAUCUAAGUGUGCUUCAAGGAUGGGCCAAUUGUUUAGUUCAUCUAAGCCAACUCUUGUUGUCCCUGAGCAGGAUGUGGAGAUUAUUGAUGAUAUUAAAGUCAACACCGAUGGCAUUGAUUAUUGCUUCUCUGAUGGUAUCGGGAAAAUUUCUCUGUCUUUCGCCAGACAAGUUGUUGAGAAGUGUGGAUUGGAUCACAUUCCAUCAGCAUUUCAAAUAAGAUAUGGUGGUUACAAAGGUGUCGUUGCUGUUGACCGCAACUCCUUUUGGAAGAUGUCUCUGCGUAAUAGUAUGCUGAAGUUUGAAUCUAACGUCAGGAUGCUUAAUGUCACCAAAUGGAGUGAGUCCAUGCCUUGCUUCUUGAAUCGUGAAAUCGUUACACUCUUGUCCACCUUGGGCAUCGAGGAUGAAGUUUUCGAGAGAAUGCAACAGGAACAGCUGUGUCUGCUGGGAAAAAUGCUGACAAAUAGAGAAGCAGCUUUGGAUGCAUUACAAAGUUUAAGUGGAGUUAAUUCCAAGAACAUUCUGGUCGAAAUGCUUCAAGUUUAUGAGCCAAAUGUCCAACCUUACCUCUCAAUGAUGCUUCAAGCACAUUACGAGAGUCUACUUUCUGAUUUAAAAGGCAGGUGCCGUAUAUUUGUUCCAAAGGGACGAAUCUUAAUUGGAUGUUUGGACGAAACUGGUACACUGAAUUAUGGUCAAGUUUAUCUCUGUGUAAAAAUGAGAAAAGCAGAACUAGAAUGUGCAGACCAAAGUUUCUUCCGUAAGGUGGAUGAGGAAACAGCUAUAGUGGUCGGGAAGGUGGUUGUCACGAAAAAUCCUUGUCUUCACCCGGGUGAUGUCCGAGUCCUCGAGGCUGUUUACGAACCCCAACUAGAAGAGAAGGGUUUGGUCAACUGCCUUGUCUUCCCCAAGAAAGGAGAAAGGCCACAUCCGAAUGAAUGCUCGGGCGGUGAUCUUGAUGGGGAUCAGUUUUUCAUAAGCUGGGACAAAGACCUCAUCCCGUGUCAAACCGAUCCCCCAAUGGACUACACGGGACAAAGACCUCGAAUAAUGGACCAUGAGGUAACCUUGAAGGAAAUUCAAAAGUUUUUCGUUGAUUACAUGAUUAAUGAUACUUUGGGUGCAAUUUCUACUGCACAUUUAGUGCAUGCUGAUCGAGAACCUGACAAAGCCCGCAGUGAAAACUGUCUAGCAUUGGCUACUCUUCACUCCAUGGCUGUUGAUUUUGCCAAGACAGGAGCACCUGCCGAGAUGCCUCGUGCUCUUAAACCAAGGGAGUUUCCGGACUUCAUGCAGAGGGAAAACAAACCCAUGUAUACUUCCUCUGGCGUACUAGGGAAACUGUACCGUGCUACAAUCAAAUCAACCGUGCAAGCAAGGUCAAAGUUUUUCUGGACAAAGGUGAUGGCCGAAGCAGCUUACGAUCAUGAGCUUGAAGUGAAUGGUUUUGAGUUAUUCCUAUCAGUUGCAAGGACUCAUAAAGAAAUGUAUGAAGAGAGAAUGAGCUUAUUGAUGAGCUAUUAUGAGGUAGAGUAUGAGGAUGAAAUCCUGACAGGCAAUGUGCACAACAAAGCGCAGUUUUUGCAGCGAGAUAACAGGCGAUAUGGAGAAAUGAAGGAACGUAUCGUGCUGUCUGCCAAGGACCUGCAGAAAGAAGCGAAACAAUGGUUUAAGAAUAGCUGCUGCAAGGCCGAUGAGCAUCAGAAACUUGCCUCGGCAUGGUAUCACGUGACUUACCACCCAAAUUACUUCCAGGAAAGGACGAAUUCCUUGAGCUUUCCAUGGAUUGUCGGAGACAUUCUGCUGAGCAUAAAAUCUCGGAAUAAAAUUCAAAAGUUUUUCGUUGAUUACAUGAUUAAUGAUACUUUGGGUGCAAUUUCUACUGCACAUUUAGUGCAUGCUGAUCGAGAACCUGACAAAGCCCGCAGUGAAAACUGUCUAGCAUUGGCUACUCUUCACUCCAUGGCUGUUGAUUUUGCCAAGACAGGAGCACCUGCCGAGAUGCCUCGUGCUCUUAAACCAAGGGAGUUUCCGGACUUCAUGCAGAGGGAAAACAAACCCAUGUAUACUUCCUCUGGCGUACUAGGGAAACUGUACCGUGCUACAAUCAAAUCAACCGUGCAAGCAAGGUCAAAUUUUUUGCAGCGAGAUAACAGGCGAUAUGGAGAAAUGAAGGAACGUAUCGUGCUGUCUGCCAAGGACCUGCAGAAAGAAGCGACAUGGUUUAAGAAUAGCUGCUGCAAGGCCGAUGAGCAUCAGAAACUUGCCUCGGCAUGGUAUCACGUGACUUACCACCCAAAUUACUUCCAGGAAAGGACGAAUUCCUUGAGCUUUCCAUGGAUUGUCGGAGACAUUCUGCUGAGCAUAAAAUCUCGGAAUAGGUUUCUUAAUAGCCGAGAAAUUCAGAGAAACCGUCCGGAAUUCGUUAAUGUGUACGUAAAGUCCCCAAGAAGGCCUACCGCAUCAGGUGAUGAAUCCUUGGAGACUUGAUCAAUGACCAAAUCCAACAUUCUCCUGUGAAUGUAAACUGCUGUCUCACCAAUUUGUAGGUGUUUUAACUGUUCUCUACCGGUGGUAAAUUUAUAUCACCCUUUUUCUUCUUUUACCAUCUUACUUAUAUUGCCCUUACAGUUCUUGUUUACGAACAUCGACUCUCAAUAGAUUUUGGUAGUAUCUCGGAUGAUC